CUGUGAGUUGUCAAUCAAGGCGCAUGCCUUUACUUCCCGUCAAAUAUCAACACUACGAAGGGAAGGCUGUGUGUAAACAACAAUUAAACAAAUGCGAGAUAUGGAUAAUUUAAAGCAACAAGUCAUGAUGAACCAAUUUAUGUUUGCAACUGGAUGUCAACUUGAUCAAGCAAAACAGUUCCUAGUGUCAUCAAAAUGGCAAUUUGAGAGUGCGUUGAGCGCCUUUUUCCAAGAAUCCUCACUUCCAACGUGUCGAACUUGCAAUGGAAAUCACGCGAACGGAAAUUACUCGUUAUGUGCACCUGCUAAUACUCCAGCAACUCCGCCCAAUUUUCCUGAUGCACUGAUGGCUCUGUCAAAGCUGUCAACAUCUGAAAAAUUUGGUUCAUCCCCAUAUGCUACAUCUCCUACACAAGUUUCACAUUCACCACGUACGAUGGAGAUUGAGGCUCAGAGAUAAAUGCACUGCAGGAAACACAUUUCUUUCUCGCAUAUGGAUGUGCAGUUGUUGAUUAGUUAUGUACAGGGGACCACUGUACUUAAGUCAGACUGCUGGAUAACAACAUUUUGUGUCUUUGAUUUUGGUUGAACAAUUGAGAAAAUGUGUAAAUGUGAUUUGUUUGGAAUUAUGCUAGAGGCAAGUCAGAAUAUCUCUUUGACAGUAUGCAUCUCAGUUUCUGUAACUGUGAAUUGUUUGUCAACCUUUAUGACUGUAAUGUUUAAAUUGGCAUUGUCAGGGAAUAGCCAUUUUCAUUUUCUAUGUUUGUCAAAACUGAGAUUACUUUUGGAUUUCAGCAAGAUGAGGGGUAUAGAUGAACAAAGUGCAAAACACAGAGACACCCUUGUAACUUAUCACCUGGGUAAUACAUACAUUUCAUAGAAUUUGCCUGCAUCACGAUUUUAAAGAAACUGUGUUUAUUAUCAGGUCUUAAAUUUGCAGCAAAGGUGAAUGUGAUUGUUUUACUCAGGUUUCUUUCAUGGCAUCUCAUUGAAUUUGUAUAGUUCAUAUUAUAAGGCAGUUUGUCAAGCUUGCUUUGAAAACUUACGCAGUUGUCCAGAUAAAAUUGUAUGUGUGUUUGUUUUUUCGAGAACUGGUAGUUAUUGAUUCUAUAACACCUUACCCAAUGUGUUUGCAUUCUUAUAUCUUACCAUAUAUUUGUUAAUUUAGUGUUAGAGUUACCAUGUUGAGAAGUUUGUUUUGAAUCCAGGUUCCUAGUAUAAAGAACAUGACUUCACUUAUAUAUUAACUGCCACGCGUCCUUAUUUUAUAUUUAUAUUUUUAUUGUAUUUUCAUUACACAGUCAUCAACACAGUGCUAAUAGUGUAUUGAGUAGUGUAUACAUGAAAUGUGUUGGUUUGUACUAAUGGCAUAAUCCUGGAGAGUUCAUUUCCAUUUUGUAAAUAGUCUGUGUAUAUCAUGAAAAUGUUCAUAUCGUGUUGUUAUUCAUUUUAAUUGGCAACUAAAGAUAAUUUUCAUAACAUGUGAAAGGACUAAUUUUUAUUAAUGUUUUGUACCAUUGUUUCUUUUUUGUACAAAUUAUUGUAUCAUGUAUUGUUGUAUUGUAGCCUUGUUAAACCCUACAUUGAUAAUGUAAGUGAUGUGAGAAAAUUCAGAAAAAAAUCCUUAUGGGAUAUUUAUUGUUACAA